AUGGCUCGGAAUCCUCGUGGUGCUAAUGCGGCUCCAAUUCCUCCAAUGGAGGAUAGCUCGAGCCCGUAUUACCUCUAUCCAAGUGAUAACCCGAGCUUUCAACUAGUUCCUCACGUUCUAACCGGCUCCAAUUACAUCAAUUGGAGUAGAUCUAUCACCACGACACUUUUGGCGAAGAAUAAGCUCGCCUUCAUCAAUGGCACUCUUCUUCGGCCGACUGAAGAUGAUCUAUUGUUUCCAGCAUGGCUUAGAUGCAACAGUAUGGUUGUGUCAUGGCUCAGGAAUUCAAUUUCAGCUCAGAUCUGCUCGAGCAUCAUGUAUAUUGAUAAUGCGCACGAGAUCUGGUCCGAUCUACGUGAUCGCUUCUCUCAACUGGACACAGCCAGAGCUUAUCAACUGCGGCAGAAGAUCAUGUCACUCACGCAGGGGAAUGAUGAUGUUAACACCUACUUCACUAAUCUGAGGAUACUAUGGGAUGAAUAUAGGCAUUCUCAGCCUAUUGCUUGGUGCGUUUGUGGCACUUGUCGAUGCAAUAGGGCAUCUAAAUGGAACAACUAUCAAGAAGAAGAAUGCAGCAUGUAA